AAAAUGCGCCUUCCAAUUCUUCUGCUCUCCAUUCUCGGACUCUCCCUGGGCUUUUGGCACGACCUCUAUUCCACGUCUUCCUCUCCACCUCGUCCACCUCUUGAUGAAUAUGCUACGUCCACUAUUUCACUUCUUGAUCAAUAUGCUUGGCAGAAUGCUGAACAGUUCUUCACAAAGUUCAUCAAAACGGUGAAGUCUGGGAAUGUUCGCGAAUUGGAGGAUUCUUUAUUAUGGACUAUUUAUCACGACCUCUCCGCUGAAAAGAUGAUCAGUGAAUUCCAUGAUUAUCCUUACAUAAAAAUCAACGACGCAAGAUUGUCAGGAGACCAGAUUGAGACUAAUGUACUUUUCCUGCAGCAACCCAGUGGGCAUGACAUUAAAUAUAAAUUAACUGGUUUCAUUCUAAGCAAAAAUCUAGCAGGUCACUAUCUCAUGACUUCUAUUGAUAAAACCAUACAUCAUGGUGUUAAGGGAUAAGUACUACUUGGAUUUGCUGAAAUAAAGUUGUUGAACAUUCAAA